AUGGAAGGACCGAGCGAGGCCAGCAUUAAAGAGAGGAAUGAGAAAAUCGAGAAUCUAUGGAAGCGAUCGUUCGAGGGGCGAACGAUGUUCAACGACCUCCCUCGAUUCGCGCAAACCAUCCAGGUGUUCGGAGGCACGGGCGAUCAGCUGCUCCACGCACCCAAGGCCGGGGCGGGGGCGGUGAAGAACCUGAAAGAUCUUUUCACCGUGCUCACGCAUGAGCUCGAGGGGGCCGAGCUCGCGGAGCGGGUAGCGCGCACCUUCGAUGAGGAAUUCAAGGGACCCGAGGAUGUGCAGAACAAGGCCCACUUCGUCAAGUAUCUCACCGACAUCUACGGAGGCGAGGAGAGCCGUGUAGUGCGGCUCCUUCAGGCCUGCAAUCAGAGCGCUGGCAUGACGAAGGACGUCAAGGACAGCUGGAUCUUCCACAUCCACCUCCCCCCGCCGCACGCCCCUGGGGCAGCGGAACCGCCCAAGGGGCGACCCGGCGCCGUGGUGCGAGUGGAGAAGAGGGAGCAACACAUCAUGAACAUGUUUCAGUACCAGUGGCAGCUCCUCAUCCACUUCGAUGAGGCCGUUCAGACCGUGCGGUCCAUCUCCCUGCGCGUCAUCGAUCUCAUGUACCACCAGAACCUCCACGCCGCGCUCCCACUCAAGCAGGGCCUCGUCGCCAUCCUCUCUCCCUACCUUGCCCCCAACGUCGCUCAGCUUGCCGAAACUCGCGAAUGGGAGUUCUUCAAGAUGGAGGGACCAACAGCUGCGGCGGCUGAGGAGAAGAGCCUGCUUGUGAUCAACGACGCCGACAACGCCGACAGCGAUUUUGAAAGCUCGCGAACGGAUGCGAAGGCCAAGAACCCGCGGAGAGAGGGCUCUCCUCUGUCGAACAGCGGCAAAGAGCAACAGGAAGCGAGCAGGAGGAAGGCGAUCGUGACGUACCCCAACGGGGACCACUACGAGGGGACGCUGAAGGGACAGCUGCGGGACGGUGAGGGAGUGUACACCACGCUACGGGGGGACGUCUACAUGGGCGAGUAUCAUCUGGGCAAGAAGCAUGGCAAGGGCACCUACACGAUGAAGGACGGCACGCGGUAUGAGGGCGAUUUUAAAGAUGGCAAACCCAACGGCAAGGGCAUGUAUGUGUGGGCGAACGGAGAUGUGUAUACAGGGGAGUUUGAGAACGAUGAAUUUCACGGCCACGGCAGCUGGAGCAGCGCUUCGGGCGAACAUUAUGAAGGGGGGCAAUGGUUCAACGACUCGCGACAAGGGAAGGGCAAGUACUACUUCGCCACGGGCGAGAUGUAUGAGGGUCCCUUCAUGCAGAAUAAUUUUGACGGGAGCGGGGUCUACACCUACGCCAACGGCGACCGCGUCGAGGGGAUCUUCAAGGCCGGCCAGCUCACGGAGAUCGUCACCCUCCAUCAAGUCGGCGCUUCAGAGGACGCGGAGGCGGAGAACGAGAGUGAGGACUAG